AAGCAAUAGUGGCCAAUCGUUAGCCCUUGAGAUUUUGUCUAAAGGGAAGAGGGGCGAGAAGCCCCAAAUAUCUGCGGUUUUGCGGUAGCCAUGGGAAGCAAAAGCGCAGCUCUCUUCCCUAAUUUGAAGCUCGUCCACGGCUGCUGCUCCUAUAAACCCCUCGAGUCCAUUGGACGACAGCAGCGCGACCAUCAUCACCAAUUACAAUUAACCUCGCCGUCGGCUUGCCGCGCGGACGAGAGUCUGCGGAGAGGGAGAUUGAGAUUUGGUGUUUCAAGGAGCAGGAGAAGCUUCGGAGACAGAGCGGUGUGCUUCGCGGCCGUGGAUGAUGGUGUCAGCGGGAAGCAAGAGGAAGCGUCGAGUUCUGGCGGUGGUAUCGCCUCAGUUGUUGAGGAGAGGCCUGUUUUCGAUGCAGUUGAGAGCAAACAAGUGACCCCCGAUCAAGAAAACAAAGGAGGUGCAAUUUAUGAUUUCCUGUAUCCAGACAAAGAGCUCCUUCCAGAGGACCAAGAAAUGAGCUUGUUUGAUCAUCUUGAAGAACUGCGUCAGAGACUAUUUGUGUCAGUGUUGGCUGUUGGAAGUGCUAUUGUGGGAUGCUUUGCAUUUUCAAAAGAACUGGUUAUGAUUCUCGAAGCUCCAGUUAAAUCACAGGGUGUACGUUUUUUGCAACUUGCACCUGGAGAGUUCUUCUUCACCACUUUGAAGGUGUCAGGGUACUGCGGCAUACUUCUGGGAAGCCCGGUGAUUCUGUACGAAAUCAUAGCCUUCGUACUUCCAGGUUUAACGAAAGCCGAAAGACGGUUCUUGGGGCCAAUUGUGUUAGGGUCAUCAGUACUUUUCUAUGCAGGAAUCGUCUUCUCGUACUUGGUGCUGACGCCAGCAGCCUUAAACUUCUUCGUGAGCUAUGCUGAAGGUGCUGUAGAAUCCUUGUGGUCCAUUGAUCAGUACUUUGAGUUUGUCCUCAUCCUCAUGUUCAGCACAGGCUUGUCUUUCCAGGUUCCGGUUAUCCAAAUUCUGUUGGGGGGUGUCGGACUAGUUUCAGGAGACCAGAUGCUCUCAAUCUGGAGAUACGUGGUCGUCGGCGCAGUUGUUGCAGCCGCUAUACUCACACCUUCUACUGAUCCUCUAACUCAGAUGCUCUUAGCCGGGCCACUGCUCGGGUUGUACUUGGGUGGGGCCUGGGUGGUCAAGCUAACCGGUCGAUGAGUUGGAACCCGCCGAGUUUGCAAAAUGGAAGGAAGGAACGAAUGAAUAUGAAGCAGAUGAUAUAACGAGGGAAAGGUGAGGAAACAGUCCUGUACUCCUAUACGGGUAUAUUUGUAGCCGGACAAGAGUA